AUGGAGGAUCAGCAGGGUGGUGGCAGGGCGAGCAACAAGAUCAGGGACAUCGUGAGGCUGCAGCAGCUGCUCAAGAAGUGGAAGAAGCUGGCAACGGCGCCGGGGAAGAGCGGCAGCGGCGUGCCCAAGGGGUCGUUCGCGGUGUACGUCGGCGAGGAGAUGCGGCGGUUCGUCAUCCCGACGGAGUACCUCGGCCACUGGGCGUUCGAGGAGCUCCUCCGCGAGGCCGAGGAGGAGUUCGGGUUCCGGCACGAGGGCGCGCUCCGGAUCCCCUGCGACGUCGACGUCUUCGAGGGCAUCCUCCGCCUCGUCGCCGGCAAGAAGGACGCCGCCGCCAUGUGCUCCUGCUCGUCGGAGACGGAGAUCUUGUGCAGAUGA